GUCCUCUGCCUCGGACGAGGAUGCAGCUGUAGCGAACCCUCCUUUCCCGCGCGGGACUCGUCCGGACCAUGAGCUCCGAGGGUAGGGAGCUGGCAGCGCCCCGGUCUGACGGAGGUGGCUGCGCCUGUGGCCGCCGGGGCAGUGGCGGAGGCAGCUGGCGCCUCUUCCUGUGCUUCUUCGCGCUCUCGCUUGCGCUGCACCUCCUUACCCUGGGCUGCUACCUGGAGCUGCGUUCCGAGCUCCGCCGGGAGCGGGACCCCGAUCCCACGCCGCCUGUCCGUCAAGGGGGUACCGCGGCCGCCCAGGGUUCCUCGCUUCGCCGAACCCACGGACCGCCGCCAGCAGCUGGCCUUGCUGAAUUUUUUCCUCCCUGAAGAAAAGCUACAUUUUGAAGAAGAAAGUAAGCAUGUCCGCCGAAAUAAAAGGAGUAAAAGUAGCGAAGGUCCUGAUGGUGAGUUUGUCUUUAUUCUUUGUCUGCAUUUCUCAUUUCUACAGGCAAAUGAGGGACAAGCUGUAAAUUAACAAGGGAGCUCCUGUAUCUUGUAGUGCCUCCCUGAGCUUACUUAACAUCCAGACUGUUAGUUCCAUAAAGUCCUGUUUCCAUACUAUACCAGGAUAGUCACUGAUUUUAAAAUUAAUAUCCAACCAAUCAUUAUUUGCCCCAACUAUACUUUUUAUAAUCACCAGUGAUUCAGUAAGGGGCUUCUUUUUGUCUAACAGCCUUUGGCUUGCUUAAUUAUAUGAUUUAUUCAUAUACUGUCUUUACUCCUUAUUUCCUUAAAAUCCAUGUUCUGUCGGUGGUUGUGGUUGCUAAACAGCUGUGAAUAGCGCUUCACUACAGAAUUGAAAUGUGUUGUAACUGGGAUGCUGUGUAUAGUUGUACAAAAGAUGGGUCCACACCGCUUAGCUCCUCAAUACUUAAAGUACUUUGAGUGUUUGUUUGUGUGUGUGUGUGUGUGUGUGUGUGUGUAUAUAUAUAUAUAUAUAUAUAGUAUUUAAGGUGUGUUUACACCCAGUGCACUCAAGGCAGAAGUUUUUGGUAAGAAAUUCCCUUUGGGGUGGCACAUUCAUCUUGAGUGUCAUCUUGCUUCCAGCUAUAGUUAGAAAGAUGUAUCACCCCAAAACACUCUCAAAUCCUCAGCUCACAGCUUGAUGCUUCAAAGCUCACUGUUACUCAGUACUUACCAGAACUUUUAUAUUAUUAACUUAGGUUAUGUCUACACUACAGUGUUAAUUCAAGUUAUCUUAAUUCAAAAUAGUUAAUUCGAAUUAAGAUAAUUCAAAUUAACGCGUCUAUACACAUUAAUUGCAGGUUCCUGGGAGCUGGCAGACUGCUCCUGGG